CAAGCGAGGGCCACACCGGCCUGCAGCUCCGAAGAACGGUGAUCCGUGCAGGCAAAGAUCUCGCGUGUCGAAGGGAACCGACAAGUAGAAUCCAAAAAAAAAGUCGUGUCGCCCUGGUUGGAUUCCGGUGAUGGUCUCUUUAGACUCAAAGUCGAUGCGAUGAGCUCGUCAAGGCACCAUGGCAGCUCACUUGGCCGGGCGUCUGGAGCUCAAGCGUCCGAGAGAGAAGGUACGGGGCUCCGAGGUUCGCGAAGCUCCGAGUCUCUGACUCGACUGAGAGACGAGCCCGCCGGAUCUCUACGUGGCAGCAGUGGCAGUGGUAGUGGCAGUGGCAGCAGCAGCAACACGCUCAUGCCGCCUCUGCCCAUGUCGCCCAACGAGGCGCUGGCGCAAAUUCACGCCGAAGGAAGUAAGCCUUCGUCGCCCGUCAGCAUACCUGGUGGCUCUGCGCAUCUUCAGCAGCAACAGCAGCAGCAGCAGCAACAACAACAGCAGAGAUCAACACACAGGUCGACGCUGUCCAACUCGUCCUUGGGCUCGUCUUCGCCUGCGUCGGUGGGCCAGAGCCCCUAUUCUGGUCUGCAGUAUGCUCCACGACAGGCACGCCCCACACAUGCAGCCCGGCCCUCGCAGGCCAAUUUCAUGUCCCACGCUACGCUCUUCCAUGCACAACAACAACAACAACAGCAGCAGCAGCAGCAGCAGCAGCCGUCCGACCCGGCAUCGGCGCUACUCACCCCCGGAUUACAGGCUCCACCAACUCAAGCCCAGCAUCUGACAGUGUCGGGAGAAGAGACCGCGCAGCAUCAGCAGCAGGCGAGCGCCGCUGCCCUGAAGCUGAGCAUUCAGCAGCUCCAGUCUGACGCCGAGCAGCUCGGUGUGCGGCGAGGCAGCGUAGGGUGGGCCCUGCUCGAGAGGCUGCAGGCAGCCACGGACGGCGAGUGGCUCACUCUAGCCACCCUUCUGGCCUCUUCUUCGUCGCUGCAUGCAGCCCCUCGAGACGGCGAUGUGGCCCUGCUGCUUCCCACGACGCCGCAGAGGGCCAAUGCGAGGGGCGAAUACCAGUCGCCGUCCAUCUCGCAGAUCUACAACCACAUCGUCUUUUCAACUUCGAAAAAGGCAUCAAUCGUUGGGGCUCUUGUCGGGCCUACCUCGCCGUCGUCGACAGCGCCAAAGGGUAAGGAGCGUCAAAUUCACGACAUCGAUGUCGUGACAUUGUCUGGCCUCCGAGCUAGCCUCACCACCACCACAACAGUCGCUGGCGAAGAGGGAGCAGUGAUAAGGGAGCUGCACGUCAAGAGCUUCAUUCCCAGGGAGGACAUGAGUUUCAUCAACGAGCUUCCUUUCCCAGAUCGAAGAGCAUACUUGUUUAAGACGUUGUCGCCCCUCCCUCAACCUCACCUCCCUGCGUCGUCGUCGUCGUCGUCGUCGUCGUCGUCGUCAUCGUCUUCGCUCCUUGCAUACCCCAGCUACCCGCUUGGAGCGUCUCGAAUCGACCUGACUCUACCAAUACACCCUGUUCUACCUCCGUUCAUUCCUCAACAGAUGCCUCGAGACCGAUCGGCGUCGUCGAGCAGCCAGCUCUCUCCGGAAACGGCUCAGGAGCAGCGACAGCGACAUCGAGCCUCGGCCUCAUUUGCAACCCUUUUUGGCGGACGGAGAAGCAACAGCGAUGUGCAGAAGCCCCCUGUCGAGCUUUCAGACACAAAGACAAUCUUGCCUUCCUCCUCCUCCACUUCUCUCAACACGGCAAACGGGAACAGCGGCGGCGGCGCCGGCAACAUAAAUGGGAGCACGAGGACCAUCUCGGUGAUUACGAUGGGAAAAGAGCUUCACCGUUCUGAUGUCUUGUCGGGCCUGGCUUCCAGCAUGACCCAUCGGAUCCGCGCCUCAUUACAAGGUCAGGACGAUGCGAUGCCAGACGAGAUCGUCGAGGUCAUCUGCAGCUUUGCAGCCAUCUUUGUGCCUCCGCCACCGGUCAGCUCAGCCAGACGGAGGACGCUGAGCGGUGCAAAGGCACCGCUGCGAGAAGCAUCGGGCGAAGAUCAGGCAGGGGUGCAAGAUGGCUUGCAACUAAAUUUAGCUUCGAAGGCCACGACGAUUGUCAGAUCGCCCACUUCGCCCAGCUUUGCCACCUCGUCCGGCGCAGCUCUCGCCAGCGCGCCCUUUUUGGCACCACCAGAUGACUUGGGCGAGAGCUUUCAGGACUUCUUUGCCAGCGUUCGAGAGCAAAUCGAGGCUUGGAUUCGGGGACGAUGGCGGGAGCAACGAAAUGACGGAGAGGAGAAGGAAAGGGAGAAGGAGAAAGCGGACGAGAUUGAGAAACUUGUGGACCAGAAGUUGAGCCUUGUCGAGAAGUUCAUCUGUGGCGAGGUCUAUGAUCGCAUCUUCUGUCCGCAUACAUCCAGCGAUAGCUUCCACGAUGAAUCGUUGUCGUCUCGCAUCGCCGCGCUCAAUGUUCUCGGCCUCAGCCUCUCUCACCUCGGCCUCGUUCUCCCAGACGUCGAGACGAGCAACGGAAGGGAAGCCAUGCAAGCUUUGGAUGCCAUCAUCGAGUCGUGCGGGGAGAAAUUGCAGUCUCUCAAUCGUCAUGGCUCAAGCCAGGCUCCAGGUGACAAAAUGACCCUCCUCGUCGAUGCGCACAAGGGCAUCGUUGAUGGUCUGGAUCGGCUACCUUACAAGAUUGAGCUUCGCGACGAAGACGAAGACAUCGAGGGAGGAAGAGAGGAGCACGAGAGAGCCAAGGGUGGAGAGGACAAGCCAGACGAAGGAGGGGAAGCAAAUGCCGGAAAAAAGACAACUUCGAGCGCAGAUCUAAUCCUCCCGCUUCUCAUCUACUCAAUUGUCAAAUCGAAUCCGGCACAGAUGGCGAGCAAUCUCCUCUACGUCCAGCGCUUCCGAGCCGAGAGCUUGCUGCGUGGCGGAGAGGCGAGCUACUGCCUCGUCAACGUCCAAGCUGCUGUUGCCUUUCUGGAGAAUGCAGAACCGGCAUCGUUGGGUCUGCGAGGGCCUCAGGUGGAGAGUCUUCGAGACGUCUUUGCCCGUCCUUCCCACCUUGAGGGUUCGUUGGGUUUCGCUGCCGGGCAGGCGAAGCGAAGCGCCAGCCAGCACGACAUUCGUGCAGCCCAGGCCCUCGCUGCGGCUAACGAGGGCUCGCUGCCGAUGCCCGUGCGCAUGCGCACAAGGCUGACCCAGGAGAUCAGCGAAUUGGCCGGCAUGUCCAACCGCGCCAUCACGGGCGUCAUGGGCUCCAGCAUGACGGCAUUUGGACGCAUGAUGGGUGCAGGUGCUGCUGUGGGCAUGGAAACACUCGAGAGGGGCAAAGGUUUUGAAGGUGUCCUCAGCUCCUCUGCAUCGAGCGGUCGGAGCCUGCUCAUGCCGAGGUCCGUCUCGCAACCAAAGUUGAGCGAAGGCACGGAUCAGCCAAACCCGACGCUGGCCACCGGCGGAACGGACUACUCUCGCGAGGACGAAGGACCAGAGUGGGAUCCUCGGCCGGAAGGUCCACAGAGGGAAGAGAGCAGCGGUAGCAACAGCUACAAACCAAGCAUUAGCGACCGUCUUGCCUCGAUUCCCAUGCUGAACCGGCUGGCGGCAGCCUCUUCACCCCUCAUUGCAUCAGCCAAUCAGCUCGAGCCCUCGCCGACGAUGACCUCCAACAAGGAUCUUCCCCCGACCACAAACCCCUCCGCUUUCGCACCACCUCCACCGCCAGCCUCAUUCAAGCCACACCGCUCGAGAGGGCAGAUACAGACAUCAGAUCUGGCCCUGGGCGUAGGAGGGUCGAGUCUUGUCAGCGGCCCAGAGAGUGUGACAGUGUCUCCGACUCCACACACGCCAACGUCUGCACAGUCCGUUGCGCAUCCCGAACAGCUUCAUCUUCCCGCAUCGCUCCAAUCACCGUAUCCACCGCUGUCGAAACCACCUAGAUCCUCCAGACCGCUACACGUUGUGUUGGCAACGACGGGAAGCGUUGCGAGCGUAAAACUGCCCCUCAUUGUCGAGAGACUUCUAGAGUACGAAGACGUCAGGGUGCAGAUCAUCUCGACAAAGUCUUCUCAGCAUUUCUUCGAACGGUCGUUUAUCGAUCACAUCUCGGAGGAAAGCGUCGAUAGCCCGUACAAUGUUGCGAGUCUCGCAAACGAGAACCGAACCGCUGGUCGGGUUUCUUCCUCUCCCGAGCCGGACAGCGCCAAGAGGGCCCACUUGUGGACGGACGAAGACGAGUGGGCGUCAUGGUCCAAGAUUGGUGACGCCAUUCUCCACAUUGAGCUCCGCAGAUGGGCAGACAUUGUCCUUGUUGCGCCGUGCAGCGCCAACACGCUUUCCAAGAUCAAUGCGGGCGCUUGUGACGACCUGCUUACGAGCUUCCUGAGAGCCUUGUCGCCCACGACGCCUACGUUGCUUUUCCCCGCCAUGAACACGCUCAUGUGGAUGCACCCCCUCACUAGCCGGCACUUGGCCUUUGCGACCGAGGUGCUCGGGUACGAGGUGGUGGGGCCUAUUCCAAAGCGCCUGGCAUGCGGCGACCUGGGCCAAGGCGCCAUGUACGAAUGGAGCGACAUCGUUCAGCUCGUCGUGGAGCGGUACGGCCUAGUAAGAAGAAUGGCAGGUGCGCAAGGUGUCGAAGACAAGGUAGCGUGAUGGAAAUACGUGCAACAAGGACGAUACCAAAAUUACAAGGAAGGGAGAGAAAGAAGGGAGUCUGUCUAAUUAUUAAUGCUGCUAAAUAUGGCUAAAAGACGGCUCGCAUCAGUCUGACGAGGCUCCUUUGACCUUUUUGGCAGUGCCAAUAACGGU